AAAUAUAGCGCUUCACAAUCUCUGUUUUCCUCUCCUAUGCAACUUUUCUCCCUUCUUCCUACUCCUUCCAUUUAGAGCUCACUCUAUCAACAAUGGCGGUCUCUUUCCUCUCUUCUCUCCCUUCCUUUCUCCCUCUCCUUCCUCCUCAACCCCCCUUCUCCUCCGCCACUACUUCAUUUCCCUCCCACACUGUCAAACUUCGUUGUGCUCACAUCAAAACGGAUGCUAACGACCAGGAUCGGUUUAGUAGAAGAGAUGUUCUUCAAGGUUUUGGCGGUACUCUUGCCCUGGGAUUAAUGGUGAACUCUGACCUAAUGGUAGAACCGGCUUAUGCUGCUGAUUUAAUACAGCGUAGACAGCGAUCUGAAUUUUUGUCAAGUAUCAAGGGUACCCUUUAUACAGCUAUUAAGAAAAAUCCAGACAUCGUUCCCUCCCUUUUAACAUUGGCACUAAAUGAUGCUGUGACUUACGAUAAGGCUACUAAAUCUGGAGGGCCAAAUGGAUCCAUCCGCUUCAGUUCAGAGAUUUCCAGACCUGAAAACGAGAAGUUGUCUGCUGCUCUGAGUUUAAUAGAGGAAGCAAAAAAGGAGAUAGAUUCUUAUUCAAAGGGUGGACCUAUUUCCUACUCAGAUCUUAUUCAACUUGCAGCACAAAGUGGCAUUAAAUCCACCUUUCUAGCGUCUGCUAUCAGAAAAUGUGGUGGGAAUGAGGAAAAGGGGAAUUUGUUAUAUAGUGCAUAUGGCUCCAACGGGCAGUGGGGGUUGUUCGAAAGACAAUUUGGAAGAUCAGAUGCCGAAGCGCCUGAUCCUGAGGGAAGGGUCCCCAUCUGGGAGAAAGCUAGCGUUCAGGAAAUGAAAGAAAAGUUCUCUGCUAUUGGAUUUGGUCCCCGACAGCUAGCCGUUCUGUCUGCAUUUCUGGGCCCUGAUCAGUCAGCAACUGAGGAAUUACUAGCCUCAGAUCCUGAUGUUUUUCCAUGGGUUCAGAAGUAUCAACGAAGCCGUGAAACGGUUUCCCAAACUGAUUAUGAGGUUGAUCUAAUAACCACUCUUACAAAAAUAAGUAGCUUGGGACAGCAGAUAAAUUACGAGGCCUAUAGCUAUCCAGUUAAGAAAGUUGAUUUGAGCAAACUCAAGUUAUAGAUAGUCUCGAAAGGAUUGAUAAACCUGAAGAAAGCUACUCCGAAACCGAUUUUAUAACGGCAGGCUUCUCAAGAAUUAUAUGGGAAGAGUUGUUUUGUAGGCAUUGGCCAUAAUUUACAAUUGAAAUUCCACUAAAAUUGUUCGAUCCAA